CACCACAACUUCAUUCCCACUCUUUCAACCUCAAGUCAGUUUCUCUGGUUCUUCUCCCUCAAUUCAACUCAAAAUAUCUCCCCCUAUCCAAAAAUUAAAAAUUAAAAAUUAAAAAUUAAAAAUUAAAAAUUAAAAAUUAAAAUAAAAAUAAAACUUCACCUUGAAAAUUCCAAGCUUUUUUUAUCAAUGGCGAAUUCCCUGCUUCUCGACCCGUCAGCAUUAACCACCACUAAACAUCCUAGUUUUCUCUCUCCUCAAUCCACCCCUCUUUUGCGCCCUUAUCCAAUUCGAUUAACCUCCUUAACCACAUUUUCCUCCCCUUUUAUAAACCCUAAAUCUUCCCAAAAACCCUUCAAAUUAUCCCCAAAAUGCAACGCCAAAACCCCGAAUUCUUCCGAUUCCGAACUGGGUAUCAAAGAGAAGACCCUGAGUUCAAUUGGGUUUAUUUUAGAUAAGAUUUCCGAGGCCUUAAAUGUCCUUAAGAAGCCGGCGGUUGCGGCUUUGUUGGUGGGUGUUUUGUUGAUGUAUGACCCGAAUUCUGCUUUUGCGGCGUCUGGGGGGAGAAUGGGAGGGCGGUCAUUUGCUCCGAGAUCGUCGAUGUCGUCUGGUUCUCGGAGCUACUCUGUUCAGCCCUCGAGCCCGGGGCUUUCACGUUCGGUGCCGUAUUUCGCUCCUUCCCCGUUUGGGGGUGCUGGGAUUUAUGUUGGACCGGCUUUUGGAAUUGGAGCUGGCUCGAGUUUGUUUUUGAUUAUGAUGGGUUUUGCUGCGUUUAUUUUGGUUUCUGGUUUCCUUUCUGAUCGGGAUGAUGGUGGGUUGUUGACGGCUACUGAGAGAACUAGUGUGAUCAAACUUCAGGUCGGACUUUUGGGCAUGGCACGGUCACUUCAAAGUGAUCUCAAUCAGAUUGCUGAAACUGCUGAUACAUCAACCCCAGAGGGUCUAAAUUAUGUUUUAACUGAAUCGAUGCUGGCUUUGCUUCGGCACCCUGAUUAUUGCAUAUCAGCCUAUUCAUCUGUCGACAUCAAAAAGAGUAUAGAGGAGGGAGAAAAGAGGUUCAAUCAACUUUCAAUCGAGGAACGAGGGAAAUUUGAUGAAGAAACUCUUGUUAAUGUGAAUAACAUAAAGAGACAGAGCAAUAAAAGCUCAAGAGCCACUGGAUAUAGCAACGAGUACAUAGUGAUUACCAUUUUGGUGGCUGCUGAAGGACUACAUAAACUGCCUACCAUUAACGGGAGCAUGGAUUUGAAAGAAGCGAUGCAAAAACUUGGGUCAAUUCCUUCAAGUAAAACUAUGGCAGUGGAGGUGCUUUGGACUCCUCAGAAUGAAAAUGAUACAUUGUCAGAGAGAGAACUACUUGAAGACUACCCCCUUUUGAAGCCUCUAUGAGUACAAUCUUUUUUGCUUUUACCUGUAUAUACCAGGACUAUAAAGCUAAACUGAUAGGAUUUCUUAUACCGAGUGUUGAAUGGUUUUUUUUUUUUUUGGAACUGUUUCUCUUUUCAUAACAGGUUAUAUAACCAUAAGCAUUUGUAAUUAAUACAUAAUCUUUUUCAGCUCAGGAACUCUUAUACAAACAUAAUAACAGAUGAUGGUUUAUUACA